AUGGCGGACGAAUCGAGCGCAAGCGCAAGCACAUGCACAGACACCUCGUCCGAGUACGAAGAGUACACCGAGUCUGAUGAGGGCUCCACCCUAGUCUCGGUAUACGCAUACUCGUACGAGUACGAGUCUGACGACUCCGACAUUGGCCACACCAGCCCAGCCGCGGUCCGCCAUGCCGCCUCUUCGGCUCGGCCUGGCGCGCGUCGGGCGGCCAUUCAAAAUUUGGCAAAGUCGAGUCGGACAGGUGGCAGAGGCAGCGGGAGCGGGAGCGGGCGUGGGCGCGGGGGUGGGCCAGCGUCGACGGCGGUGACGACGACGGGGAGCCGACGGAGUGGCAAGGGAAAGAAGCUGCUGACCGAGGUCUCGGGCAUGAUGACCAAGAUGGACACGUCGGCCAAACGGUUGCAGAGCUCGUCCAAGAGCAGGCGGCUCAAGUCCCGGGCCGAUGCCGUCGCCGCCAACAACCGCGGGACGAGGACCCGGCUGAGCAAGUCGGCCAAGGCCGUCAACGUCUGUGUGCAGCAGUGCAAGUACGAGGUGGUCCGGGCGUGCGUGGCCGAGCUCGGAUGGCACGUGCAAGAGUCCAACGCGGCCCGAGAGUGGGACGUGUACUGGAUCGACUCUACGGCGCCGCUGCAAAUCCUUUCCACCAUGAAGCCGUUCCAGCGGAUUAAUCACUUCCCGGGCAUGCACGAGAUCUGUCGCAAGGACUCACUCGCCCGCAACCUCACCCGCAUGCAGCGCAAGUUUCCGGACGCGUUCACCUUUUUCCCCAAGACCUGGAUCCUCCCAGCCGACUACGGCGACUUUAAGGCCCACUUUCGCAAGCGCUCUGCAAAGCCACUCAUCUGCAAGCCCGAGAACUCGGCGCAGGGCAAGGGCAUUUUCCUCACCCACACUGGCGACGAGAUCGGCGCCUUUGACCACUACGUGGCGCAGGUGUAUGUCAACAACCCGCUGCUCAUCGACGGUUACAAGUUCGACCUUCGCAUCUACGUCCUCGUCACUUCGGCCGACCCGCUACGUAUCUUCAUCUACGACGACGGCCUUGUCCGCCUCUGCACCGAAAAGUACUCGCAGCCGACGUCCAAGUCGCUCGGCUCGGCCUUUCAGCACCUCACCAACUACUCGGUCAACAAGAAGAACACCAAUUUCUCCGCCGGCGAUGGCUCCGACGGCGCCAAGCGCUCCAUCAAGGUACAGAACGCCGAGUGGGCUGCUGCCGGUAUCGACGUCCCGGCCCUCUGGGCUUCCAUCGAGGACGCCAUCAUCAAGACCCUCAUCACUGCCCAGCCGACGCUCGCCCACACCUACGCCACUGUGUUCACCUCAUCGGCACCGACCGCCACCCCCUUCCAAUGCUUUGAGAUUCUUGGCUUUGACAUCAUGAUCGACGCCGCCCUCAAGCCGUGGAUUCUCGAGGUCAACCACUCGCCGUCGUUUGGCACUGACGCCGAAAUCGACCGCAACGUUAAGAGCGGCGUCAUCGCCGAGGCCCUCGCCCUCCUCAACCUCGACCCCAAGGCCAAGUCGCGCUUUCACAAGGCGCACCGCGCCGCGGUGCAGGACCGGCUGACGGCCCCAAACCGCGCCGGCUCGACCGCGCCAACCGACGAGCUCGCUGGGGCAGCGGCGGCUGCCGAAGCGACGCCGUCGCCAGGCUCGCGGCCUGUGGCCGCUACGGCGGGUGCCGACGGUGAAGCCUCGUCGUCAGCAAGACAGAGUCCCGAGUUCUGGGAGGCCCAGACCGCGUACGAGGACUCGGUCCUCAGUGGCUACAAGCGCAUUUAUCCGACGCCCGACGACGACGCCAUGGCCGUCUACGCUCCAUACUUUGUCAACACCUCGACGCUGUACUCGGAGACGUCGGCGUCGGCUAAGCGCCGCGAGCACGCGCUUGCCCAGCGUGAGGCUGCCGAGGCCGAGCGACUCAAGGCUGCCGCUAUCAAGGCCCGAUUCUCUGGCCGGGCCAAGGCUGCGCAGGAGAUGCUCGCUGCCAAGCUGAGCAAGGGCUCGAUGUCGGUCCGCCGCUCCCGCCCGCCCCCGGUGCCGAAGGAAGAGUCCGACAGCGGCGAGACCGACGGCCUCCCGCCGCCUGAAAUCGAUUGCGAGGGCAGGCCGAUGGUGUACGACCAGGAGCUCUUCGACAUCCUUGCCAAAAUACCUGGCGUUCCCAUUGCGGCCGAGCUCGAGCGCAAGCGAGUCAAGGAGAAGCGCCGCCGUGAUGCCAUUGUCCAUGUCUCGCGGGUUCGCACCCUCUUUGAAGCCUCGAUUACCACCUCGCUCUCGAUGCCGCUGUCGUGGAACCUUCUGCCGGAGGCCCGGACUGAGCUCCACGCCCGCAUCAAGGAGGCCGCCGAAGCCGAUGCGCGGGCCGCAGCGUCCCCACCGCACCUGCCGCACCCGUCGGAUAUGGAGCUCAAGCCCAACUCGCUGGCUGGCUCACCGGAGCGGGGGCCCCGCUCUGACCUCGCCAUGCAAGCUGCAGCCGCCGCUGCGGCCGAAGCGGCCGCCGCUUCCACCGCCGCCCGCACUGCUUCGCUCGCUGCGUUGCUUGCGGCGACCAAGGAGAACGAGCCGGCGCCUUCCCUGCCGGCCAAGGCACCGCCGGCCCGUGUUGCCCGUUUUAACGAGAAUUCAUACCUCAAGACCUCGCGCCGCAGGCCGCCACAGCUCGCAUCGUCGCGGCUGCGGCCAGCCCGUGGGCCAGGCUCGAGCGCUGGCGCUCCGCCCGGAAAACACGCGCUCGUGCCGGAUGCGGCGCCAUCAGCCGGUCUUGGCCUCUUUGUUGCCGGUACUUCGGUCAGCGGACGGUAAAAGAAGGGCGAAUUACA